UAAUUGGGCACUUUACAAAUUAUGUUUUGCGUCAUUAUUUGAAUGCAUUACAUAUACGAAAUACUAUUGGCCCAAAUGUUGUACAACAAAAACUUUCUUUUAUUUACGAAAGACUAAUUGAUUAUGGAAAGUUUAUGACUAGAGAGAAUUUUAUAGAGUUUUUGGGUACUUAUGGAAUUGAAAUAGUAGAUAAUGAUAUUGAUGUGUUAAUGAUGACGGAUGAUGAAAUAGAUAAUGGGGAUUAUGAUCCAGAGCAAAAAUACCCAGAACUUGAUUCUGUUAAUGCAAUAAGGUAG